AUGGUAUCCUUCAGGAGUUUGAACGGCCUUGCCAAGGCGGCAUUGUUCAGUACGCUGUUUUACACGACCAGCUUCGCCCAGGACUCGAACGUCAAGAUCAUAUACCUCUUCGAGGACCCAGCCUUAUCCAACAACACGGCCAUCAAGACAUCCGGUUUCAACACAGCGGUGGUCUUCGCCCUCAACAUUCAGGAUAACGGCGACCUCGUAUACCCCCUCUCAGCCUUAGGCGGCGGCUCACCGGACGUGACACUUGUCAGCAACGGCUCAUACGUCGGCGGCACCAAAUACGCCGACCUGAUCAAAGGCUACAAAACCGGCGACACCCAGAUCACCCGCACCGAAGCCACCGUAGGCCCCGCGACGCUCAUCCAAUCCAUGAUCAACGCCAACGGCACCGACCCAUCCACCCUCCUCUACAAGAACCUCGCCACGCUGAAAGCCGCCUGGAACCUCGACGGCAUCAACAACGACGACGAAUCCCUCUACGACGUCCCCAGCACCGUCUCCUUCGCCAAAAUGCUCGGCCAGAUCGGAUACAAAUACUCCGGAGCACCCUACACCAACAUCCCCUUCUGGCAGUCCGUCGUCAGCCAGGUCAACGGCAACGUCAGCGGUCUCCUGGAUAGAAUGUACCUGCAAUGCUACGACGGCGGCGCGGGCAACGAUCCCGGCGAGUGGCAGACCGACCUGAACAUGAAAGUCGUGCCGUUGCUGUGGGUGGUUAAUGAUGCGAAACCCGAGUAUGGCAUGACUCCCGCGCAGUGCCAGGCGAAGUUUCAGAAUUGGUAUAGUACGGAGCAGGUGGCGGGCGGGGGGUAUUGGAAUGAUUAUGAUAUUGAGAAGCAGAAUUCUUCGUAUACGGCUUAUGGAGAUGCGUUGGAUGCGGUGUUUGGAUAA